AUGCCGAGCGAGACGGACGCACGCGCCGAGCGCUCCGCCGCACCGCACGCUGAAGCGACUAUGUCUACUCCAGCGGACAGGGCCGCGCCCCUGGACGCAUCGAGGGUCGAGUCGAGUACGUCAGGGUCACUGCCGAGUGGCUCUGAUAGUACUCCUCCCCUACGGAGAGACGGUAGUGAACCGAGUGUUCUGAUAAGUGCCGCAGAAACCGCGCUUACCUCCCGCGAGUACAGUGACGCACGUAAUCGCAGUGAAACUCGCGAGUGCAGUGACGCGGCGUACAGUGACACACGUAAUCGUAGUGAAACUCGCGAGUGCAGUGACGCGGCGAGUCAACCCAUGGAGAAGCCCGCCAACUCUGCUACAACACAAGGAGCGAGAGAGGACGGCCUCCAGCUUCUCAUAAGUCUCAUGCCUCAAGCCUCCACCACGGAGCUGCCGGCAUCGGACGAUGAAGAGGAGUUCAUGGAACAUGAACCCGAGCCAGCAAAAGAGCAGCCAACCUCACGGAAACGUGCGCAGUCGGACGAUGUGCCGCCUGCCCAAAAAUAUCGUAAGAAGGCAAGCGCCACGCCACCGCCACCUCCGAAAAAUGCGCGAAGACGCUCCAACACAAGGACGACGGACGCCGACGGCUUCACCAAGGCCACCAAAACGGCAAAAGUCGCGCCACAGCAGGGGCCUGCGCCAGUCGGAGUCGCCAACAGCUACAGCGCUCUAAGCGACUCUGAGGACGAAGAGAUUGUGCUACCUCCACCACAACAGCGCAGGACACCUCCGCCGAUCGUCAUUGAGUACAAAGGCGCCUUCAGGGAGCUGCAAAAUGCACUCAACAUGGCGAUCGGCAAGAACAGCUAUACAGUUCGCGCCGUCGGUGAAGAACUCGCAAAAGUCAACAUUAAAACGACGGAGGACUACAGGAAGGUGCUAACACUUGUAGAAGAACGUUCGUGGAAUUUCUAUACAUAUAGCGCCGACCGAAAGAAGCCACUCAAGGUAGUGUUCCGUUACCUUCCGAGGUCACUGAAGCCGGAAGAAAUCAAAGAGGACCUCGAAUGCAUGGGCUUCGUCGUCGAUGAGGUGAUAAAGAUGAAGCCGCUGCGCACCAGAGGUCGCGGCCCCCUGACGCUUGUGAUAGCGAAUAACACGCCUGAAAACAGGAAACUGUUCCAGCUGACAAGAAUAGGGAACGUGGAGGUGCGAGCCGAGGAACUGAGAAACAAAUCGGCAUACGCGCAAUGCUAUCGCUGCCUCGAACCCGGACACGUCAAAAAGUACUGCCGCAUGCCGGACUAUUGUGUAAAGUGCGGCGAAAACCAUUCCACAGAAUCGUGUGCUCUCAAAGGUGUCCCACACCAAGACUUCACUCCCAAGUGCAAGUUGUGCUCAGGCGCCCACGUAGCCAGCUUUCGCGGCUGCCCAGUGCUCCUGAGUUACGGCGAUCGCGCGCGCGGGAAAGCACAGCAGAAACCACAAAGGAACCCGGCCACGAGUUCCCGCCAGCCGACGGCCAGCUCCGCGAACAAAGGAAGGAGAGGUCGUCGCACCCGCCGCGGCAGGGGAAGGAAUGCGGACACGCGAGCUGCACAAGGUCAGUCGCACAAUAGCACCCCUCGCCGCCCUGCCCCGCCUGCUCCUCAUGCCGUCCAGACGUCCACAAGCAAUGGAGGACAAGCUCCACCCAUCGCUGCGCCGCGAGCCCGCAGGCCUCCCACUGCCGGCCCAGCAGCGAGCCAGCAGCAGGUAGCGACGCACGCUGAGCCGCAGCAACGCCAGCUAGCUCCGCCCCCUGCGCCGCAGCCGGGCACCGCGAGCCAACCAGCUCCGCCGGCGCCCGACCCAGCCAGCAUGACCGACUUCCCACGGCCAAGAUGGAGGCAGCCCAACAGCCACAACACAGCCGUCCGCCAUGCUGUCGACAGACAAAAUGGCGCGCACGCCGCACGAGAGCAGGCAGCCCCGCCUCCAGCUCCGCCAGGUAACACCGGCAGCCAACCAGCACCGCCCGCGCCCGCGGCAGCCAGCAUGGCUGACCCGCCGCGUUCAAGAUGGCGGCUGCCGGACAGCCGCGCCGCAGCGCCCCGCCAUGAUGUCGGCACCCGACAAGAUGGCGCGUACCGGCCGCCGGCCGUCCGCCAUGUUGUCGGCCCCAGCGCUGACGACGGACGCAUAGACAGAAUUCUCUGCUGCAUGGAGAAGAUGCUGCAGCAGAUGUCAGAGCUCAUGGCCGUGGUGCAACACGUAGCAUCCGCCAUCAAACCUGCAGUAUCUCAUCAUGCCUGA